UUACUACGGGACAGCCUGGUCACAGAAGCACAGACACACCCUGUAUUACAGAGAAGGUAGCAUCGGAGGCGGAAGAGUGUGGUGACACAUCCACAGGCGUCAUCAUGAGUGGGAGAGUGGGAGACCUCAGCCCCAAACAGCAGGAGGCCUUGGCCAAGUUUCGGGAGAAUGUCAAAGACCUGAUGCCAAAGUUGCCCCCUUAUUGUCAGGAUGACUACUUCCUGCUCCGCUGGCUGCGAGCUCGAUGCUUUAACCUGCAGAAAUCAGAGAGUAUGCUGCGAAAGCAUGUUGAGUUUCGGAAACACAUGGAUUCUGACAAUGUGUUGGAGAACUGGCAGCCUCCAGAGGUAGUACAGAAGUACCUGUCCGGAGGUCUAUGUGGACAUGACCGUGAAGGUUGUCCUAUCUGGUAUGAUGUCAUUGGGCCUCUCGACCCCAAAGGGCUUCUGUUUUCUGCUUCUAAGCAGGACCUGAUGAAGACCAAGGUGAGGGACUGUGAACUUAUGCAUAAGGAGUGCCGAAACCAGAGUGAGAAGCUGGGAAGAAAAGUUGAAGAGGUUGUGAUGAUCUAUGAUGUUGAAGGUUUGGGUUUAAAGCACCUGUGGAAGCCAGCUGUGGAGCUCUACGGAGAGGUCCUGACAAUGUUUGAAGAUAAUUAUCCAGAGGCUCUGAAGAGACUGUUUGUCAUUAAAGCUCCCAAGCUUUUCCCUGUGGCAUAUAACCUCAUCAAACACUUCCUGAGUGAGGACACCAGGAGGAAAAUCAUGGUUGUUGGAGAUAACUGGCAAGAAGUGCUUCAGAAAUAUAUUCCUCCAGAGGAACUGCCCAAAUAUUAUGGAGGGAAACUAACUGACCCUGAUGGUGACCCCAAAUGUAAAUCCAAGAUAAAUUAUGGGGGAGACAUCCCUCAAAAGUACUAUGUACGAGACCAGGUGCAACAGAACUAUGAGAACUCCGUCACCAUCAACAGGGGCUCCAGUCAACAGAUGGAGUAUGAGAUCCUCUUCCCAGGAUGUGUGCUUAGGUGGCAGUUCCAGUCUGAUGGCGCUGACAUAGGAUUUGGGGUGUUCCGUAAGACAAAAGCAGGGGAGAGGCAGAAGGCUGGAGAUAUGAUUGAGGUGCUGCCAAAUCAGAGAUACAAUGCCCACAUGGUACCUGAAGAUGGGACGCUGACAUGCGCUGAUCCUGGUACUUAUGUACUCCGCUUUGAUAACACCUAUAGCUUUAUUCACGCCAAGAAGAUCAGCUACACUGUGGAGGUCUUACUACCUGAUCGCAACUCAGAAGAAAAAAUAGAGCAGCUUGAAAAGAAGAUGGAAAGCAGCCUCAGUCUCUAAAGGAACCGUUAAAUAUGGCAUCCUUGCUUUGAAGCCCCUACAAGACCCCAAAUAGACUUGCAUGCAGGGCAUCUAGGUGUUCAUGAGUCAGCAACUUAUAGUAAAAU